AAAGACUUUUUUUGUGAACAAUUAGCAGAACUGCAAGCAGAGCUUCUAAGUACCUUUUUGAAAGUCCUAAACUCUAUAUCCAAAAUACUAGAUAUUUAUGGACGGUCCAAAACGCAAGGGGCUAACAGAGAUUUAUAUAAACUAAAUAUUUCAGUUUCAAGAGUAUAUUAACCGCUACUGAUAGCUUUCCUGAAAGCAAAUAAACUAGGAGAGGGUGGGUUUGGCUCUGUGUACAAGGUAUGCACUCUAGAUGGAAUGAAUUGGACUCGUUUGUAUGGCAUUUCUUUUUUUCAUUUCUUGUUUGGUCUCUGCUUAGUUGAUUGAUCUGUGCGUUUGCCUCUUUUGUAGGGAAACCUGUCUGGUGAUAAAAAGAGUAGCCAUAAAAAGACUAUAAGAAUAUGUGGGCAAGGACUUGAGGAAUUCAUGGACGAGCUGAAACUCAUUUUCAGCCUCCAACAUAGAUAUCCUGUUAGACUCUCAGGAAUUCAUAAAGUAUAUGCCACCCUUUACCUUGCACAAACAAGCAACUUCAGCUCUGAUGCUGAUGCUGCUUCGAGUUUUUUCCCCCACACUCUUCCAAAUCAUUCAGGAGUUAAAUGAAACUCCUUGCUCAACACUUUGAAGAUCAAAACAAGUAUGGACAGGCUCUUCAUUAUAAAAGAAUGCACCCAUGUCGACAUUACAAGGGGGAGAAAUCCUACUCCUGGAUAUGUAUCCGUAUCUGCUACCCGCACUUGAGUCCAAGCAAUAGGUAUGAACAGAAAAAAUAUUAACUUUGCUGCGUGCUGUAAGACCAGUCAAAUAAUGGGCUUGAAAUUCCUCGUUAAAUAGUAUUUCUUCAAUGUAUAUACAUAUGUAUGAUGAUAGCAAAGAGUGUUUUCAACUACUUGGAAAUCUUGAAAGUCCAAAUCCUUUAUGGCGAUGUCUAUUUUGCAACAGUUAGUCGACUCAGCCAUUGCUCCAUAUUAUAUGUGACUUCUUUCUUGUUUGAUAUUAAAUACAUCUUGCCUGAAAAUCUUAAUUUGCAACCAUGAUUGCUAACUGCAAUAAGUGGUUCCUAUUUAAUCUUAUUCUCGUGGCAUGUUUUUCUUUCAACUCUCAUUUCUCUCUUGGUGCUGAUAAAAUUUCUGCAAAUCAGACUCUGUCGGGUGACCAAAUUGUUUCCUCAGAAGGAGGAAAAUUUGUACUGGGUUUCUUCAAGCCAGGUAACUCCUCAAACUACUACAUAGGCAUUUGGUACAAUAAACUGUCUCCACAGACCAUAGUUUGGGUAGCAAACAGAGAGAAACCAGUUCUUGAUAAAUACUCUUCGGAACUAAGAAUAUCUAAUGGUAAUUUAGUUCUCGUCAACGAGUCUGGUAUUGUAAUUUGGUCCACAAAUUUAAGCCCUGUGACUUCAAGUUCUGCAGAAGCAGUACUUCUCCAGAAAGGAAAUCUUGUCUUAAGAGAUGGGAAUAAUUCAUCAGAGCCACUAUGGCAGAGUUUUGAUCAUCCAACUGAUACGAUCCUCCCUGAUGGUAGGCUUGCAUUCAAUAAACUCAAUGGAGAAAGCACACGUCUUAUUUCAUGGAGAAGCAACGAAGAUCCUGCACCAGGCCUCUUCACUGUAGAGAUGGACCCAGAUGGCAACCAAUACUAUAUCCUUUGGAAUAAGUCUAAAAUUAUGUGGACUAGUGGUGCUUGGGACGGACAGAUCUUUAGCUCAGUUCCUGAAAUGAGACUGAGUUACAUAUUUAAUUUUACUUAUGUUAGCAAUGACUAUGAGAACUAUUUCACCUAUUCUCUGUACAAUAAUUCUAUCUUAUCUCGGAUACUGAUAAGUGUUGGAGGGCAGAUUCAGCAACAAUCAUGGUUAGAGCCCUCAAAUGAAUGGUCUGUGUUUUGGUCUCAACCAAGGCUACAAUGCGAAGUAUAUGCCUUCUGUGGGGCAUUUGCGAGCUGUGGUGAGACAGACCAGCCCUUGUGCUAUUGUUUGGAAGGUUUUCGUCCAAAGUCAGUAGACGCGUGGAAUUCAGGGGAUUACUCAGCUGGAUGUGUGAGGAAAACCAGUUUGCAGUGCGGGAACUCUAGUCGUGCUGAUGGGAAAAGUGACAGAUUUUUGGCAAGUCGUGGCAUAGAAUUACCUGUAAAUUCACGGACACUACCAGCUCGAGAUGCACAGGUAUGUGAAACAACUUGCUUGAAUAACUGUCUUUGCACUGCUUAUGCUUAUUCUGGCAGUGGCAACAAUGGUAUCAAUUGCUCAAUUUGGUAUGGAGAUCUCUUGAACAUACGGCAGCUUGCGGAUGAGGACAGCAAUGGAAAAACUCUCUAUGUCAGGAUUGCGGAUUCUGAAUUUUCAAGUUCUAAUAAUAAAAGCAGAAAAGUUAUCGGGGUGGUAGUAGGAUUGGGCUCGGUGGUGAUACUAGUUUUCCUCUGUAUGGCUCUGUUUCUGAUCCAAAGAAGGAUGAGGAUCGAAAAACAAGAUGGAGGAGGACAAAACAAUGUCCAGCUGGUUAUAUUCAGCUUUAAGAGUAUAUUGGUUGCUACAGAGAACUUCUCUCAAGAAAAUAAGCUAGGAGCGGGUGGAUUUGGCCCUGUCUACAAGGGAAAUUUUCCUGGUGACCAAGAAGCGGCCAUUAAAAGGCUUUCAAGACAAUCUGGGCAAGGAUCAGAGGAAUUCAUGAAUGAGUUGAAACUUAUAGCCAAUCUCCAACACAAGUAUCUGGUUAGGCUCUUAGGUUGCUGUGUUGAACGAGAGGAAAAGAUACUAGUAUAUGAGUACAUGGCCAACAGAAGUUUGGACAAAUUUCUUUAUGAUCCAUCUGAAAGAGUAAAACUAGUUUGGAAUAAACGCCUCAACAUUGCUGAAGGUGUAGCUCAAGGACUCCUAUACAUCCACAAGUUCUCUCGACUGAAAGUAAUCCACAGGGACCUAAAAGCAAGCAAUAUUUUGUUGGAUGAAGCAAUGAAUCCCAAGAUUUCAGACUUUGGAAUGGCUAGGAUUUUUGGCAUCAAUCAAACAGAAGCAAACACCAACCGCGUGAUGGGGACUUAUGGUUACAUGUCUCCUGAAUAUGCAUUUUCUGGACAGUUUUCAGAGAAAUCAGAUGUGUUUAGCUUUGGUGUGAUCCUGUUAGAGAUAGUGAGUGGAAGGAGGAACACAAGCUUUCAUCGCAGUGGACUUUCUUUCACCCUGCUUAGUUGGGCAUGGGAACUACGGAAAGAAGGCAAAGAGGCAGAGUUGAUCGAUGCAUCAAUUAGACAUACCUGUAACCCUAAAGAAGCUGUAAAGUGCAUCCAUGUGGGGCUGUUGUGUGUUCAGGAGGACCCGAUUGACCGGCCCACAAUGUCUUUGGUGGUUCUCAUGUUGAGCAGUGAUACUCAAACGCUCCCGACACCAAAGGAACCUGCUUUUCUCAGGCGUAGAGCUGUUGAAUUUUCUACUCAAGGACCUGAUGAAUAUUCCAACAAUGAGUUGACGAUCAGCUUGCCUGAGGGUCGAUAGAGGCUGAAUUCCCGUUGGCUUCCAUCGAGUGUCCAAAAUUAUCAACACUGUUGAAUUUACAGAGGAGGAAAAAUAGCGAAGGCAAGAGCAAAAUGUUGGAAACUCUAGCUUCUUCUUAUUGCAACUUGUUCUCAUUAACAACAUAAGUACAUUGUGCUUUUCUUACAGUGAUUAAAGUAAAACAACUAACACAAGUUAGCCAGCUAAGCAAAAGUAAUCUAGCACACUCUGGUGCAUGAUGUGCUUUUAA